GAAGCUUGGAUGAUUAUCAAGGCAUGGUAAACAUCAUUCAAGUUCAAGAGAAGCUUAGUUGAGGUCAUUUGCAUGGAAUUACACAGUUUGCGUCAAAAUCGCACAAUUCUGCUGCAACUUGUAGCAAACUGAUAUUUCGUGUUAUUUUAGGUUUUUUUUAGUGAUUGUCACGUUUUUUGUAUUAUUUUUGGGCUGAACAUUUGCUUAUUUGAAGCCCAAUUCGUGGUUAUUAGGUUUAGGCCUUAGGGUGUUAAUUUCCUAUUCUGAUUAGGAUUUGUUUUCUCUAUUUAAAAGGCUUGUAACCCUAAUGGGGAGACAAUUAUUGAAUCUGAGAUUUUUGAGAGACUUUUCUCUUUGGUUCGUUUUAGAACUUUACAGAACUUAUCAAGAUUAUUCUUGUGGCGUUCUAACCUGACUUAUCAUUCUCGUUCUUUCGAGGGUGUGGCGUCAACCAACUUUAUACCUCUGGUUCUUGUUGCGUCAUAGACAACGGGUCAAGGUUUUUACCUUUGGUUCUUGUUGCGACAUAAACAAUGGGUCAAGGUCCUAUUAUAAACCUGAUUUAGCUUU